AUGGCGAGAUAUUUUAAAGACGGCGUACACAGCAUUCAUGGUGGCGGUCAUAACCGCAACCGGUUUAUAAAUGUUGAUGAUGAAACAAUCCAGGUAUCAAGUACCGGAGAUUUAGCCAGCCGAGCGGAUUUCGUGGAUUGCCGCGAUGGGGUGUUUUGUAUUGACAAUAUGCGUUUUGAUGCUUAUGGGAUAGAGUUAAUGGUAUGCUUAUGGAAUCCUGUCUUGCGCCAACACAAUAUCUUACCAACAACAGUGAAUAGGUCCGUUUUACCUAUUGCCAUCGGUUUUGGCUUUGAUGUUAUUGGCAAUGACUACAAAGUGCUCAAAGUGUAUUCUACGAAACAGGGUCCUUCGCUUCAUUCCAAUGUUGAUGUUUAUUGUGUAAGAACUCAUUGCUGGAAAACAAUUGGCUCCCAACCUAUCGCUAAUAAGCAUCGGCCAUAA